UUUAGCCAGUCUAAAAUAGCUUCCAGUAAGUUUGAAGUUUGAUAGUCUUUACCCAAGUCAGACGACAGUUCACUUUCUCUCAGUUCCACCUGAACUCGGGACAUUUCCAGUGGGGAAAAAUAUUUUCCCAGAUUGUGAACGGCUGUAGAGAUGAGACUGGCACAUAACGGUGUGGCUGAUGACGAUUCAAAAAACUUCUGGGGAUUCUGAGAAAGGCACUUUCUGGUAAAAUUCAAGUUCAGUAUGCCUUGAAAACUGGCGUUAAUCCAACCAUUUUUUGAAGCGUUGGAAAACGUACAAAAAUUGUCAAUGUCACUUUCUUCAUUUUUGCGGACUUGGUUCUUUACAAUAUCUGUUGUUUCUGAGAGAACUUUCUCAUCGACAGAGCAAGCAACCCCAGCCGGGGAAGUUGGUUUUAUUGAGAGAUUGGAGAAAUCGUUCCCUUGGUCAGCGCUCUCUUCAUGGCUGGACAAACCAGUCGUUAAGAGGCUUCCUCUGCCACAUGUCAUGUUUUCUUCUCAGGUGUAAGACUUUCUGGACCACAGGUGAGGAGCUGAAGACAUGUCUGCCGACGUCCAGGCGACCCAACCCCGGGCGUACACCAUGACCUCUGCGUCCAGACAGUGGUCCUCUGGCAUCUGUGACUGCUGCCAGGACAGCGCUCUCUGUUGCUACGCCUGCUGGUGCUUUCCCUGCUUCGCCUGCCAGACGGCGAAGGAGGCUGGAGAGUGUCUCUGUCUCCCCCUGCUGGACGCUUUCGGACUCAUCCCGCCCAUGGCCACGGCACUCCGGGCGUCCAUCCGCCAGAGAUACGGCAUCGAGGGAAGCGUUUGCAGCGACUGUGUGUAUGCGAGCUUCUGCGGGCCCUGCACUUGGUGUCAGAUAUCCAGAGAGAUCAAGACGAGACAAAACCCAGUGGUGUUUGUCAGCGCGGCCGCCUGAUCAGAACUAAUGGUCCGCUCCCUCAUCAACAACCCGAGAAGCUGACGUCAUGGCCGUCAUCGGAGAGAGCUGGCGCCCAAAGAGUCGCCACGCUUCAUUGGAUUAAGAGAGACUUUCACGUGUUUCCAGGAACAUCUGAUUGAACAUUGAGUGAAAAGGAACAAAGGAUGGAAAAUACGGAAAUAUUUGACUAUCAGCCAUGCAUUCACAUUUUUUUUCUCUUUAUUGUAGAAAAUACUGCUUUCUUCCACACAUUUACUUCUGUUUACCAUUUUUAUGUAAUGGUUGAACAAAUAUGCAUGUAUAUCUGGGAAUAUAAGGCCUAUUCUUUGCCUUUUAAGUUAAUAAU